CAUAGUGGCCCUGCCACUGAAAUGUGCAGGCUGUGGAUGCUCCGCAGAUGGAAGCUGGCUUGUGAGCAGCAGAAUUAGUCAUGGGCUGCACACCAUCCAAAUCCAACAUCACCUACUCGCAUGUGCGUGUGAGUCAGGAUCUGGACACCUGUUCUACAUUUGUGCCCAGUUUAAAGAGCUCCAUUUCCACGCCAGAGAGGCCUUCACCUCAGCUCUGCAUUGAGACGGCCAGCGGAAAGCAAACGUUUCUCAGUGUUCCUAGUCGUGACUGUUUCGGGCACUCCGUGAGUCAGCCCAGCAGCCCAGGCGUAUGGAGCACAGUCAGCACCUGGAGCCCGUUCGGACCGGAGCCACCGUGCGUCCAGCCGAGCGGCACCGACAGCGACCCCGAGGACGACACUGCGGCGCCCGGCACACGAUGACAGUCAUGGUCGCUGUUUUAAUCCCCUUUCACCUUGCUCAAAUAAAGAUAUUUGUUUUACUUGAGUAAUAUAUUUGUGUAUCUCUCUAGUAUCUAAAUAAAAAAAUGAACCACAUAUAUAGUGCCCAAAUAGCCAUAUUCUAUUUAUUAUUACAAUUUAAACUAACGUAGCUCAUAAUUCUGUUUUUGUUGUAUAAACAAAAUGCAACGAAACAUAUAGGCAUUACAUGACGAGAAUAAACACUAACAUGCAAGCCUCGCGGUAUUUGGGUGAAUUCCCGCGAGAGUUUACGGAUUUCAGACAGCGAAGAGGGCGAAAUGGAGAUAUGAGGUCUGAAAAGGAGCAGAGGACAGGAAGCAGGGAGAGAGGCAGCGUGGAGAUCCAGUUCAGGGAGUGUCAGAGGGAGCAGGACAACGUCGCGGUGAACCCGAAGCACAAGGAGGAGAAAAAGGAGAUCUUCACCAAGGUUGUCAUACGCCGACUGCCACCCAGUCUAUCAAAAGACCAGCUCGAGGAGCAUCUGAGUCCGCUUCCAUCUUUUGACUAUUUUGAGUUCUUCCCUGCUGAUCAGAGCUUAUACCCACAUCUCUUCUCAAGAGCCUACAUCAACUUCAAAAACCCAGAGGAUAUCAUUAUUUUCAGAGAUCGCUUUGAUGGCUAUGUAUUCAUUGACAAUAAAGGCCAAGAGUUUCCAGCUGUUGUAGAAUUUGCUCCAUUUCAGAAGGUUUCCAAGAAAAAGUUAAAGAAGAAAGAUGCUAAAGCAGGAACUAUUGAAGAAGACCCAGAAUACAGGCGAUUUCUGGAAAAUUACUCCUGUGAUGAGGAGAAAUCAAUGGCAAAUCCAGAAACACUGCUGGGCGAGAUUGAAGCUAAAACCCGAGAACUCAUAGCCAAAAGGACAACACCUUUGCUGGAAUACAUCAAAAACAAGAAAUUAGAGAAACAGAGAAUAAGAGAGGAAAAAAGAGAGGAGAGGCGAAGGAGAGAACUGGAAAAGAAGCGACAGAGGGAGGAGGAGAAGCGUAAACGCAGAGAAGAGGAGAGACGAAAGCGAAAGGAGGCUGAAAAACAAAAGAAGCUCUCUGAGAAGGAGAUAAAGAUCAAGCUUUUGAAGAAAUGUGAUGGAGACGAUGACGUGGACUCAGAUAGACUGAAAGAUAAAGGAGACAGCGGAGAGAAGGAGAAGAACAGAUGGGAAAAGCCAGCAGGACACACUAAGUCAAAGGAAUCCAAGGAUAAUAGGAGUCAAAUCGAGAGUGACAAGGAGCAGCGGGAAGGUCAUGGCCGUCGCCAAAGGGACAAAGAGCAUCGUGGCAGAGACGAGGAGCGCAAACGACAGAGGCAUCACUACGAGUUUGACAAAUUCAUGCGACGCAAGGAGGAGACCAAAUGGGGUAAAGGCUACUGCCAGGACAGAGCCAAGAAAGAACAACAUCAUGGCUAUUCUUACUGCCCAGAGACUGGAGACAAACUGGGCAAGGAGGAUCGAGAGGACAUGGGCAGCAGGAAAGAACGGAUUCGCAAUAAGUCUGUGUUAGUGCAUCAGGAGAAAAGGACUUCCCAGUCUGAGGGGCCAGACCAGAUAGGAGGGGCUCUGCCAGCAAAGGACCGACCGGCAAUGCAGCUGUACCAACCUGGUGCUAGAAACCACAAGCGAAUGGGCUCUGGGAACAAGAUGUUUGACUUCCCACCGAUCUCUCCUGAACAUGGAGGAGAACACUGCUACAAGAAGGUCAUUGGUACAGGCUCCGAGAAGAGUGCAGACGAGUGAAAAAAAGACCAAGACAGGAAGAAGUCUACUUUCAGAAGCGAGGGUCAUGCCAGUAUAGUAAGAACAGUCAAGAUCAACCUUGUUUUCUGUCUUCUGAAUCUAUGUGUGAGUAUAGGGCAUUGAAAUCCCCUCUUAAUGUUUUAUACACAAAGUCAGCAGUGUCAUAAAUCUAAAGUGAUCGGUUUCUGUACGCUUAUCAAGGAUUCACACCACUUCAUUGAGAAACGAUACCUCAGAACAAUUGUGUAUGCCUUUUGUAGUGCAAGAAAUGGAUUCAGUUAAACAGAAAAGUAUAGAUAUAUAUAUAGAGAGAGAGAGAGAGCGAAAGAGAGAGAGAUUUUACUGUAAAGAAAGCAGUAUGUGUUGUGAAAUCUGUAUUUUAAAUAUAUGUAAUGUGGGAUGGGGAACAGAGACAUAUUUUUCCUUUAGGAAUUUAGAAAUGCUACAUCGUAUUAAUGAAACAUUUAAGCAUGCACCUUUUCAUUUUACACUUUCAGACUGUAAUGCCUUUGAAUGAUGCCUCUGUUGUCCCUGAUGUAUAGACAUUGUGGUUUUUCUGUAUUAACAAAUACUGUGCAUCUCACAACAGGAUACAGCAAAUGUCAGAGCAUCGUUUUACCUGCGGGCCAAAAUGAACAAAAAUUGUGUUAAAAUCAUCUUCUGUUAGAUCAAAAAACACGUUUUGUGAUAUUUCUGAACAGUGUGCAUGUUUUUGUGAAAUUGCAGGCAUUCGGUGGGGGGAGGCAACGUGGGGUCACAGGCCUUACCUUUGAUUUGCACUUAAAGAUCCCGUCUGUUAUUAAAAUAGCCUACAGGUUUUUAGAAUUAUUGUUGAGUCCAACAAAAAAAGUGAACUCUGUAGAAUACUUAAAAAAUGUGAUACUGUAUUUGAUGGAUUGACCAUUUGUGUACAAUAAAGAUAUAUGAUUAUAUAAAGUA